UCCUGCUUCGGUCAGCUACCGAACAUUUACUGAUGUCGGUUCAAAUCUGCUAAUAUGGCAGGGUGAGCUUACAAGAACCAUGACGCUCCAAGCUCCUCGCGUGUCAGUGUUCACCUUUCAGUCUGCGGUGCACAGCACCCACGUCCUGCAGUGUUUGAAUGAGCAGCGGCUGCAGGACGUUUUGUGCGACGUGACGGUGGCGGUGGAAGACGGGAGCUUUCGGGCUCAUUGCUCUGUCUUGGCCUCGUGCAGCGAAUACUUCCGCGGCAGGGUUACCAGUGUCACCAGACAGAAUCCAGUCAUCACCUUGCCUGAUGAGGUGACUGUGGAGGGGUUUGAACCUCUGCUUCAAUUUGCCUACACAUCAAAGCUGCUUUUCACCAAAGAAAACAUUCACGCUAUUCAAACCAGUGCUGAGAUUUUAGGAUUUCACAACUUGGAGUCGGCUUGCUUUGAUUUCCUCAUCCCAAAGUUUUCCGAGGGUAAAAGAAGCUCACAGGAGGUCAGGCAUAAAGUCUGCUGCCAGAGCUGGGUGCACAGUGCCAGUUUCGGCUCCAGUGUGGGAAGUAGCCAUGCAGAAUCAUUCGACUCGCACAGCUCCGUGACUUCAGGAGGUGACGAGCAAACGGACUUCCCGUCACAGUGCCAUCAGAGUCAGACGAACGGUGGGGAGGAAUCGUUUUGUUUCGAGAACUGUGGGCCACAAAUGGCUUCCUUAUCUCUAGAGUUAGCAGCAAACGGCGUGUGCCCCAUGUUGUCCCUGCCAUGCCCAGGCCCUGACAAGGCAGAUCAGUUUUAUGAAAAGAACAUUUUACAGAUGGGAGAUGUGUGCAAUCAAAGCGACUUGGGUUUGGCAAGCUGCAACUUACAGUGCGAGCCGUCAGCACCAGGUGACGUUAGUCUAACAGAAAUGACUGAGGCAGCGAGCUGCGAUAAUAAAGAGACUAUUGAUUUGCUUGGGGCUGAAGCCUGCAGUAACUCUGGCUCAUGUCCUCUGAAGACAUCAGGGGCAGAACGUUGUAAUUUAGUAUUAAAGCAGAGCGAGGUUUGUCCUGUACAGGAACCUGCAGGUGAUCUCUCAGAUCCAUCUCUAGCUGAUUUAGAGCACGAGGAGCGAAGCCGUGUGGAGAGGGAAGUGGCUGAACAUUUAGCUAAGGGCUUUUGGCCUGACCUCAGCACAUCAUGUCAGGCUCCACCGCAGUCUCUCGAUGCUAUGAAUCAAAACAGUUUGGCAAAAGCAUCAGACUUCCACUGGCUUAAACAGUUUGACCUGAGCUCCAGUGUAGGAGACUGCCCGUUCUUCAAGGACAUUGGGACAAGCGAUGACCCUGGGACGCACACGGAUGACUUGUCCCAUGCUGAGAAGAGUCCCUGCUUGUCUUCACUAAAUUCUGGUGAUGAAUCCGAAAUGGACACAGAUGGAGAUACCGAGGCCAACACCAAAAGAGCAGCAGAGAUUCAGCUCCCGUUCCCAGUAAAGCAGAUCUCAGAGAUGAGUAGAAGUGCGUUCCAGCAGCUUUUGAGGGACCAUCGCCUGACGUCAGAUCAGCUCGAGUUUGUUCACGAUGUCCGCCGGCGAAGCAAGAACCGCGUGGCUGCGCAGCGCUGUCGUAAGAGGAAACUCGACGGCAUACAACAGCUGGAAUGCGAAUUAAAAAAAUUAAAAAACGAGAAAGAGCGUCUGCUUCAGGAGCAAAACGAGCUGCAGGAAAGCCUGGCAAAGAUGCAGCAGAGCCUGUGUGGUCUGUAUAAGAGUGUCAACAUGGAGUGCACUUCUGACCAGGACCACUUGCAACUUCUUGCCAAGCUCUCUUCGUCAGACUUGCCCAUCUCUUCUCCCAACCUCGUGGAAAAAAGCAAAGAGUCGCAGAUCGCCAUAGCGAUGAUGACUUCCAGGUCAGAGUGCGAUCAAAGCGUGCGACCUUCGGACUCGUCACAAACUGGAGAAUGACCGGUCAGGACAGAGGCGGUCCUGCGCCUGCCUCUGUGCUCGGUGUCCGUUCGGACACGACCAGCAGCUUGUAAAUCAGUUCAUGUUUCAUUCG